CUAACUAAAUAAACAAAAAAACAUGGCAAAUUUGGAUGACGAUGAAAUAGACAAACUUAAACUGCCCGCAGCUGUGAAACUUGCCAAGCAAAGAAAUAUAAAAAUUACUGGUUUAAAAGAUCUAGAAGAAAUAAAAUGCGAACUGAAGAAAUACUUGCUGAAAGAUCGGAGAAACCGAGAAAGUGUGAUAAAAGAAUUAAUGGUAGCAGCAGAAGAAGAUUCUAAAGUGAGACAUGAACUCAUGGAAAUAUAUGAGAAAACUAUUAAAAGUUUAGACUUUUAUUCUCAUGAGGAUCCACUAAUCAGAAGUGUUAGUAAAGGAUAUAAAAACAUUAAUGUUUUAAAAAUGCUGAAGAAACAGAAGGGAAAACUGGAUGGUAAAAUAUCAAGAUGUCCAGUGUUAGUUUUAGGAGAUACAGGAGCUGGGAAGAGUUCUUUUAUUAAUUUAUUAUUAGGCCAGGAAGUAUUCCCAUGCUCUUUAUUAAGUAACACCAGUGUCAUAUGUGAGAUAUCUUACUCUGAGAUACCUUAUGCUACACUUUAUCCACAUGAGGAUGAAGGGGAUACAGUCAAACCAGAAAGUAUCAGUUCUGAGAGUGAGAAGAUGGAAGAUUUUGACUUUACAAGACUUUCACAGCUAGUACAACAAAGAGAUGAAGAAAAGAAGAGAUCUUCAUUUCAGAAAGCUGAGAUAGGGUUUCCAUUGCCUAUUUUGAAGACUGGUUUGAUCAUUGUGGAUAGUCCAGGUGUUGGAGAUACCCCAGAAAUGACGAAGUUGGUUCUAGAUUAUAUAAUGGAAGCCUCGGCUUUUGUUUUUAUCAUCAACACAAUUGAUGGAGUACAGAUCACAAGAUUGGAAAUGUUACUUGCAGAGAUAGCUGAAAGAGUCAUGACAGAAAACAAGUAUUACAAGCAGGACUGUACUUUGUUUGUAUGUAAUAAAUGGGACCAGGUUCCUAUUGAUGAAAGAAAAUCAGUUCACGAAGAUGCAUUAAAGAAAUUAAAGAAAGUUUGGAUUGGAUUUCAGUCGUCACAUUUAUACACAUUAUCAACAAAGGAAGCUCUCUGGAUCCAGAAGGAUGGACUAAUUGUUGGAAGAUUUGAAAAAAUAUUGCAGGGCAUCAUCAAUCUCCUACCUCCAAGUAGGGAUCAGCUAUUAACAACAUCAACAGGCAAGUUGUUUGAUUUCCUGAACAACUGCAUGACUUGCAUUGAGAACAAUAUUCAGAAAAGUACAAUCAGUGUAGAGGAAGCUCAGAGACAACAAACUGAAGUUAACAGUAGGAUGAAGUCAUUGAAGGCAGAGGUGAAUGAAUUCUUUGAGCACCAAAAAUCAGGUUUGAAAUCAAGUCUAAGUAAAAUAGCAGAUUCUUUAUCAAAAUAUUUAAGAACUGAAGAUGUCAAGAAGGAUUUAUGUAAUUUGAAGGCUACUGAUCCUGAAUUUUAUCAAAAGAGUUUCCAGGAUGUGUCAGUUAUUAUAAGGUCAAGAGUGUAUGAUGGGAUAUCGAAACAUAUGAAAACUUGGGAAGAAGAACAAAAACAACUUGAAGAUAUAGGCAAGCAGCUUUUAAAAAAGUUUAAUGAAAAAUUUCCAGAUUUUGAAGCUCAGUUAUUUCGAGUUGAGAAAUUAUUCAGGAACACUUGGCGAGGUGAUACAGGUGAGGCUGAAUCACCAUUGGAGGAGAAAAUUCCACUUGUACCAGACAUUAUAACAGAUCGAUACACCAACCUCAAUCUGGGAUUGAAAGUUAUUCUGAGUGUUGCAUUAACUCCAGUGUUUCUGAUUGGUGCUAUUGUCAGACUUCCAUAUUGGGGUCUAAGACACCUUGGUAAUGUGAUUAAAAAUGAAAUGUUAACGAGGAGCUUCGAGAAAGGUAAUGACAAAGACAAAGUAAUUAAAGAAUAUACACAAAAUGUCAUCAAUAAAAUGACAGAGAAGAUGGUGAUUGAUUCCUGUUUCGGAUCACAGUUAUCGGUCUUGUACCAAUAUAUUGACCACCAGAAACAGAAAGUCAUUGAACAGAUUGAUAGAAAACUUUCCAUGUUGAAUGAAAGUGCCUAUGAUCAUUCAGAACCGUUCAGUGCUACAUGGCAUGCUUCAAUGGCAACAGUUGAAGUUCUGCUCAAGAAUGUAGAAUAUUUCAAUAUGAUGUUCCUUCCACAAAAUUUGCAUUUUGAGUCAUUGGACAGAUUUGAAAUGACAGAUGUCCUCUCAAAAGGGGUCCUGACAAAAAUAGUUUUAGCAAGAGAUACAAAGAAGAAUAAUGAGCUGGUUGCAAUAAGACAAACUCAAAUGGCCAUUAAUAUUGACAUGAUUAAACAGUACCAAAAGGAAGAGAGAUACUACAGGAAGACCAAUAAGCAUGAUAAGCGUCAAAUUAUUAUUGUGGAAACAUUUGUAAAACAUAACAUGCAUGUCUGGCAAUGUUUCCAACGUCCAAGACAAAGUCUAAGACGGUUUAUCAAAGAAAAACAGUAUAAGGAGUAUGAUGAUACUAAAUUGAAGUUCUACUUCCAUAUCCUGAGUCAAGUAACAGAAGGACUGAAAUAUUUGCAUCAGAGAGGUCUUGUGUAUAUUGAUCUAUGUCAGGAUACAAUUAUGAUUGACAAAGACGGUAAAGUUGUACUGGUGAACAUAUCAUGUCCCACAUUGUUAGACAAAUCCUGGUUCAGUCCUGACAUAACCUGUGUUGCAGACUAUGUUCAUUUCUCAGCUGAUAUAAUGACACACACAGACCUGACCAUUUAUGAGAAUAAACAUGAUAUAUACAGUCUUGGUAUUUUGAUGUGGGAAUUAUGGAGUCAAGAGAAUGCAUUCAGUAGACAGAUCAAGCAACAUAGCAUUACAAAUCUUAGGCAUUUCUCAGAAUAUCUGAGAGGUGUUGAUAUACAGAGUUGUCUCCCCUCAGUGCCCAUAGAUGAGAAUAUCACAUCAUUGGUUAAGACUUGGCAUGAUGUUAUGUCACAUAGUCUUGAACUAAAAGAUGAAGUAACUGCUGCCAAGUGGCUAGAUAGCUUUAGUUAUGAUCUUGAAUGUUCAGAUUUUUCUCAACUUUAUACAGGAAUAGACAAUUUAGACAUUUCUCCCCAGAUUUAUAGCAGAAUUACUCAAGCAGCUAUGUGAUUUUUAGUUUUCAACCGUUUUGACUUUAAAAUACAGCCUAAUUUUUGUUAUGCAGAUUUCCAGAUAAGCUACAUUUUAACUCUUUAUUUACUAUGCAAUGAAAAAGAAAUGCAAUCAUUUAAUUUUAAGAGGACAAAGGUAUGCAUGCAUAUGGUUAACAUGUGUAAAUUUAACUUAUGCAAAAUUGUUUACAGCAUUUUAGAUUUAAAUUUUUCUUAUACACAUGAUUAUUGCAUGAUCAAUUUUAACAUGAAAAUACCUUAUAAGAUGCAAUUUAAAAUUUUGAUAAUUGAAAAUUGACUCAAAGCUUGGCAAAUUAUUAACAAAUUACAUUUGUGCUUAGGGUACACAUUUAGAUCUACCUGAAACUUUCUAAACACUGCAAUGCCAAGAAUUAUAAAUAGGUCUUGGUAUUCCUACCAUUAGUCAGAAAAUAUUGACAGAUUAUCUCCCUUUUUUUAACAAAGGAUUAUUACAUUGUUCUCCCUAGGGCCUUAUGGCACUAUGGUAACAUGGUGCUAUCUGAAAAGAGUUUUUUAUUAAUUUGGUGCUAUUAUUUAAAGGAAACUUAUUUAAAUCCCAUGGUGUUAUUUGAAAAUAUUUGGGAGAACACCUGGGUAUUCAUGGCUAGAUAUAUUUAGCAAGUCCAUCUACAUGUAGAUAGUGAAUUAGUCUAUCAGAAUAUAAAACAUUCCCACACAAACUUCCUUUGACAUAAUGUAGGUAUAUCAGUGUUAAUCAAAACCAAACAAAAGCAGUAGAUUUAGUUGUCUUUCAGGAUCACCAAAAAAAACUUUACUUUUCCAAAAAAGAAUUUUCCAUCUAUUUGAUAUCUUUUAAAUGUUUAUUUUAUAUACUUGAAUAUUUCAACAAGACUUUAACACUGCAUUGACGCAUGGACUCCUGUUCAGAUUCCUUUACAGAAAAGUAUAUUAUGUUAAAAUGUGUCCUACUAGUGCUUUCAAUUUAUCUAAUUUUUAAUAUUCUGCAGUAUAUUUCUAGAACCAUAUGAGAUUGAUCAAUAUAUGUGCUGAUUACAAACUAGUGCUUUUAAUUUUUUAGGUUUGCAAAUAUAAAUUUUUUAAUUCUGCUAUUUUUGCUUUGCUAGACCAAACUGCAAAACAGUGGUGAUAUAACUAUUUUGCGCAUCAUUUAGAAAGUUGGAAGUAUUACACUGAACGAAAACACAUUAUGGAGUUGAAAAAAGACUCCAAACUGUCGGUGACUGUAUAUUGCAAUUGUUUGAAAAACAAUAUAAUCUGGUUAAAAAUAUUAUAAUUGCAUUAUAAAAAAGGGUUAUUGCACAAAUAUUAGUGAAUUUUAUUUCUCAAAAAAUGUUAUCUACAUGAGCAAGUUACAUACAAGAUAAUAUUUAAUUCAGGACCAUAUUCUCCAGUAUUAGUGCAAUGAAACCUAUUAAAAAUUAAAGAAUAAAAUCAUCAAAUAUUCUGAAGUUAAAAGGUUAUAUAUUGUUGAUUUCAAUUGAAAACAUAUUUUUUCUCCACAUAUAAUUUUUAUGAUAAAUUGUUCAGUAUCAAUAUCAUAUUUAAUCUGUUAAAUAUUAAAUGCAAUAUUUGUAUGCCUUUCCUUCUACAAGUUUUAGUAUAAAUUUUAGAUCAUUAAUAUAUACAGUAUACGUUAAUAUAGAUAUCAUAUUUUUUACAAUCAAUUUGUAAUUGUUAAUUGAUUUAGUUAAAUUUCCUUUGAUGA